AACUGAUGUCAUAUGAUGCACCCGCACAAUCUUGCUGCAGCCCCGAGCGGCCUUCGAGAAUGGCUAUUCGGGGUGCUUUCCCGGGCGUCAACGAGAAAUUCCAACUGUAGCUUGCCGACCCUUCACACUGCCAGAUCACAUUACGUUAUCCUUGCCCGUAUUAACCGUGGGUCCCUUCCACAUCCCCUUGUGCUCGCAAUCAAAUGGAAAAGUGCCAAAUGGCCCAGAGCGCUUGCACGGAAGGUCAUCCAGCGGAGGACCCGAGCUUCGCGCUGUCGCACUGCCAUCAGCGCCUUACUCAAAUGAACUUGAGGUAGCUUAUGAUACAGUUCAGGUCAACAUGGCGUCCUGGGCCCCGGCAUCCCAAGUAACCACGAAGAAGCUUUUGGACGUGAGAACUUACCCAGCCCUUGAGCUUUCCUGAUUUGGUCACGGCGGAGGACCGCCUCCGGGGCGGGCCCAAGUACGGAUCUCUUGGCCUCGAGGCCCGCUUACAGUCGCAAUCACAUACAUCACAUCAAUACAUCAUUUGCCGAGCGCUGCCGCGCCUCGAGGCCAUUUUCCCGGUCUCGGCUUGUCCCCGUCCAAUCAUCGCUUAAUCGAACAUUCCCCGCCUUCUGCCCCGAGCUUGCGCCCGGCUCGCUCAGCUCCAUCGGCAUUUCGAAAUUCUGUCCAUCUAGACACAUCAUGAUCGCUUGAGCCUCGUUGCAUCCUUCUCCUUCCGAGGGUAUACAUAUGGAUGCGUUCGCACGAGAAAUUUUGUAACGGUCUCCCCUCCCCUCCUCCUCCAUCUCUUGCCGCCUCCCUUGCUCAACGCCCUCCGCGCGUAUCUUUUCCUCACUCAUUGUCCCGCCUAUCCUCCUCCCGUCCUUACGCAAACUCCCAUGACACGACGCGACCCAACUAGCUCUUCUCCAGAGUCCUCCCGCCUGCACCGCGCUGCGCUCACCGGCGAUGAAACGAGCGCCCGUCGCGCGCUGCGCGCAGGUGCCGACGUCAAUGCACGCGACUCGAUGAACCGAACGGCGCUCAUGUGCGCCAUCGCGGGCGACAACUGGCAGCAGGCCGACGCGUCGAACGCGUCUGGCUCCCAUUGUGGCCGUCUGGGCAUAUUGCGAACGCUCCUGCUCGACGCCCACAUCUCCCUCGUGACCUUGAACGCGCCGCAGAGUGCUUAUCGCGGUGUCACGCCGCUGGGGAUGGCCGCGUGGCUGAACCAGGCCGAUGCCGUGCGCAUUUUGCUCGAGGAGAGCUCCGAGUCCGUCGCGGUCGACGCAACGGACGUGCAUGGCGCUACGCCGCUUAUGUAUGCCGCGAGAGAUGGCCGAGUGGAAGUGGUGCAGAUGCUCCUUCGCCACGGUGCCUUUCCGGACCUGGGUGAUGCCCACCACAGGACGGCCGUACAAUUUGCACUUCGAUUCCCCCAGAUCGUGUGGUUGUGUGAGUCGACGUUACGGCGGAUGCGACUGCGGUCAUCCAGCUCCUUGCCAAAACAGUUACUCCGCUCCGCUCUUCCUACAUCGCGCAUUCUCGAACCUCCGGCGCUGUCAUCCUUUGGAUCCAUUACCCGGAUCACCGACACUCUCAUUCACGCUGUUACGUCCUCUGAUGUCCCCACACUGCAUUCCAUUCUGUAUCCGUCCGUAUCGUCGCAUACGGAUUCCCACACAACACCUGUACUUGUAAAUCUCCCGGACUCGGAUGGAUGGAGCGCCAUCCACCAUUGUGCGGCUGCCGAGCAGCCGUCAGCGCUCGUCUUCAAUGCUCUCUACUGCGCUGGCGCAGUCCCGCUUUUCACAGCGCACGAGCAGUGGACACCGCUGCACUGCUUUGCGCAGGCAUCGAGAAGCCCGCCCAGCGUUCAUCUGCGAGCGCAGUGGAGCUCGGCGCUGGCCCAAUUCGUCUGUCUGCUCCUCCAAGACUUGCGUGUGCCGCUUGCUGCUCGGGACGGAGACGACGAAACAUGCAUCCACUUGGCGGCUGAGCACGGCUCCUGUAUUGAGGUGCUGGCACUGCUGUUGGAGUGCGAUGCAUCGAAGACAGUGCGGGAUAUGCGCAACUCACGCGGUUUGACCGCGUUGGAAGUGUGCAGGCCCGAGUUUCGGCAUGCGUUUGGCACCGAGCUCGAGAGUCUGCGAUCGCCUUCAGCUCUAUCGACGUACACCAUUCGCGCAUCUCCGUCUGCGGUAUCGCUGUCGUCCUUCGCAACCGACGUCGAGGAGACAGAAGAUGCGUCCGUGCUCGACAACAUCGACAUAUCCGCAUCCUCCGAACAGCUUCUUGCCAAUCUGCGGUUGACAUCGCCCAUGGAGAAACAGAAUCCAUCGCCAUUCCACAUCGGGUUGAUGGACAAUCUCCUCCGGGAAGCGGGUGAUCUGACGGCCGUCGUGUGCUCUCACUAUCGGACGAUGGCGGCCGAGGCCCGGAAGGACGUCAGCGCACUGCGGCAGAACGCAGGAAAGGUGCAGGGCUUUGUCGACGGUCUCGCUCAGGACAUCGGGCGGGAGAUUCUGAGCAAGGGCUUAGUGCCCAUCCCUCCUCGCCGACGGGGCGAUCGCGGUUCCGAGGACUCGCAAAACACAGCGGUGGAUUGUGCCCCCCAAUCGCCGCUAACAGAGGAUCAGGCCCUGCCCGUCCCGUUCCCCGCCCUCCCGGAAAUCACGUCGGAGCCGGCUAAAAGGACGACGGGACCGAUGAAGCUCAAAGCGUGGAUGAGACGGAAGCUGUUCGCCGAAGCGAUUACGGCUGCGACGAUGCCUCCGCCGCCACGAUCCCCAUUGGAGGUGAUCAUGGAGGACCAGGACUCGGACUGCCACUCCGUGCGCCGGAUUGUCACGGUCGAUGUGGACGUGUCUGCCGAGGAGUGGAGCAAUGGGCUGCUGCGGACUUCGUAUGGGACGCUUCAGGCCGCCAAUCGGGAUUUGGAGCGAAUUCGGGAGUGCAUCAGCUCUGCGGAGCACUUCAUUGAUGUCGUGGAGCGGUGUACGGCACGGACGGAACGGGCGGUGGACAGAGCUGUCAAGAAACGACAAGCCUUCGUAGCCGAAUCGAAGCACCACUCGGCGGAGGACGACCUCUUCGUGCGGCCGGCGCUGCUGUCCGCCAAGUCGAGCAUCGCGUCGCUGUCGUCGCUGUAUUCGGCGCGGUCGUCCUGCGUAUCGCUGGCGGCGACGCUGUCUGAGCAGGACGACGACGACACGCGGCUUGUGCGCCGGCUGCUGCUGCGCAAGAUCGAUGCGGGCGUCGCUGGCGCCCAGGACGAUCUCGAAAAGGGGGUCGAGUGGCUCCGCGUUGUAAAGGCUGCCGUGCGCGGCACCAAAAGAAGGGCCUGCGUCGUCUGAUUGAAGCUGGAUUGCACCAGGGACCUUCAAACAUUGUGUCUGUAAUCUUAUACCGUACUAUAGUUGUUGUAAUAUCAGCGCCCCGUAGAGUCCAUUUGUAUAUACAUCCGCAUUGUCAUUCCAUUCAUCGCAUUUUCUACCCCCACAAACUGAUUAAAUCGAUUUUCGAAUCCGUCUUACGUGUGACUGCUACACUGGGCGGAACUCGGGCAUGCCGCGCUGCUCAAACUCAAGCUCGAGAGGCGGUCCAGCGAGCCGCGAAAAUCGCAGUGCCUUGUUUAGGGAGUUAGGUUCCGUUGUCGCCAGUCCCGCCUAUGCUCAGGCGAUGGCUAGGAGCGCACACGUAAUUGAAAACAAGGUCCAUUUGGUCCAUUUGCGUAUUAAAUCGACAGAGUCCAGAAAAAAAACAGAGAUUGGAACUGCGCUGGCUCUACUUCUCGUACUCGUCCAGAAUCUGCGGUGAGCUGAGGAGGUCGGUCUUGGCGAUGUCCCAGGCUGUCCGGGGUAUAUCAAUCAAAUCGAGCCAUGGAGAAUCGCUGAACCCACUGUCCGGGAUCAUGGUAAUAUUCCCACUGCUGAGUUGCAUGACUUGGUUGUGGCUGGUGAACUCGUAUCGCAGCCUUUUCGCUAGAGAACGACAAUGGAAGCUGCCGUGUUCUCGGGGCCAACACACACACACGUCGUGGAUUCAGAGCGUGCAAGAAAUUGAUGUGUAUAUCCUUCAUCUGAUUCGCCAGCGGGACCAGGGGAGGAUCUGGGGUCGGCCCAAACAACAGUUGUAGCUCAGACGCUAACUUGGAACACAUAUUCUUGUUCAGCCUUGCACCUCCGACCGCCCAGUGUUCUUGAUAACGCGUCCCCGCGAUAAACUGUCGAAAUGAUACGCGAACACAGGCUGCAGGCGAGCCGGGUGGCGCCAGGAACGUGUCAUCCGUGGACCAGCUCUCGGCGCGGUCGCCGGUGUUGAAUGGGGCGCCGAGAUAUCUGUCGUUUGCGGCCCACUGGCAGUUGGCCAAGAAUUUCUGGUACAUAUCCGGAGUCAGCGUGCUCCUGUCGAUGACUAGGUGGCCGAUGAACUGCCUGAACGCUUCGUUUUCGGCCGAACCAGACAGUCCGAGGCCCUGAACUGCCGUGCUGACGAGCGUACCUUCGUCAUGUAAGCUGAAGGUGAACUGUGGAAAUCAGUGGCAGGAGAAAAUUGAUCGCCACAAACAUUUGUCCCACUGAGGUAUGGCAGAUGCAAAAUGCACCCCGAGCUAUGCGAAGUCAUGCUUGUUUUGAACUGCCCCUCGGUCCGACUGCGGGCUCCCACCGUUGCUGGAUCACAGUCGUAGAAAGCAUCGAGUUACUGACAUUCACCAGAGUCUGUCAAU